AACGUCAGGUACUUUCCCUAUUCAGAUCGCACAGCUGGGUAAAGUUCUCACUAUUCAAAAUUUUCCAUUCGGCUAACAUCAUACAUAUUUCGGAAAAGUUUUCCUAAAACAAAAUUACACUAUUUGAAAUCUGCCGAUUGUCCCAAUUCCGAUCCCCUGACUAAAGCCUUCCAAGAUGUGCGACAAGCAGGAUUGUCCCCCACCUCCGCGGUGCUGCCCACCGCCUCCUCCGAGCUGUCGCCCACCACCCUCAAUGUUUCAAAAACUAAACUGUGUUGCCUGCAAUCGGUUUGUUUUCUUUCUAAUUGGCGCUGGGAUAGGACUCUACUGGGACAAGCUCAAGCAGGAUGCGAAGAAGGCGGCGGAAGAGGACGCCAAGCCGCCAAAGCAGAAGGAGCAGGAGCGCAAGGAGCGCGAGAAGGCGAAGGCCGACAAGGAGAAGGCCGACAAGGAGAAGGCGGACAAGGAGAAGAAGGAGAAGGAGAAGGCCGACAAGGAGAGGGCGGAAAAAGAGAAGAAGGAAAAGGCCGCUAAGGAGAAGGCGGAGAAAGAGAACAAGGGCAAGGAGAAGAAAUAGUUACAGAGACGUCCAAAUUUCCAGUAUCCUAUCGAAUCCCAAGUUUUCAAUUGAUGCGUUCAACGAUCUUCUCUACACUUUCCAGUGUUUUCCAUAUUUAAUUACCAGUUCGAACAGGUGACAUGGUAAGGAAAUUGAAAUGCAUUGAUGGAACGCCUAGGAAAGCGUUCAACAGCAGAGUUAAAUAAAUUGAAUCCACUUUGGCGUCCAAGAGUUGGGAACUAAAAUUCAAGAAACAUGUGUUUUACCCUUAACCUGAACUGAAAUAUAUAUAUAUAAGGCAACCUUAAAA